GGUCGCGCUUGCGCAGUAGCGGUCGUGGGCUGUCGGUUAGGCGGUAACAGGCCGGGAGGAUGGAAGGAUGGAGCCGCCCCGAGAGACAAGUAGGCCUGCCAACACAACUGAGAACCGUGGCGGGCGGGCCCCUUCGCUGUACACCGUACCUGUUCUUCCGAGAAGUCCCUAUGGCAACCCAGACAAUGUAAGAGGGUCAGAAGUCUCUUCCAUCCAAGUAACCCAGGACCGUGGCAAGACGCCCAAGGACAAGGGCAAAGAGGGCACCGGGAACCGGCUCCUGAACAUGCUGAGAAAAACUUUGAAAGGGGAUGAUAGUGAUGAAGUGGUAACAGCAACUGAGACACCAACUUUAGUACCAUUUGGAGAUGUGGUUGGCUGCCUGGCUGUUCAUAUAAGGAAUUGCAGACAUUUUACAACUAAAAUCAAUUUACGACAUUACACUGAAUUAUUCAUUCGCAUUUCAAUAAACAAAGUUGUGAAAGAUACAAGAAUUUGGAGCUUGCCAUCCACAAACAAUGAAAAGAACAUUGCAAUUAAGUUUGAUGAAGUGAAGUAUUUUUCUGUACAGGUUCCCAGACGUCAUGAUGAUGAGCGGAAUAAUAUUUACUUGGAACUAAUGCACUAUGACAGUAUAAAAAAACAUUCAGUCUUAUUAGGGAGUGUUCAGGUACAUCUUUAUGAAGUAAUUCAGAAAGGGUGCUUUACUGAAGAAUUUCAAGUGUUGAACAAAAACAUAUUUAUUUGCAGGUUGGAGGUGGAAUUUAUGUUCUCCUAUGGAAACUUUGGCUAUGGAUUUUCACAUCAGUUAAAACCAUUUCAGAAAAGUACUGAGCCAUCUAUGUUUAUGAAUACUACACCACCUCCAGAAAGAAAAGAUCCUGUAACAAAUGUUAUUAUGCCACAGCCAGUAGAAUAUCCAGCAUUCUUAUCCCCAGACCUGAAUGUUAGUGUUGGGACUCAAACUCUGCACUCUCCCAACCAGCCAUCUGUAGUAAGACUUGAAAAACUUCAACAACCACCUCGGGAAAGAUUAGCAAAGAUGAAAAAAGAAUAUAGAAAUCUGAAUACAUGGAUAGAAAAAGCUGGCUAUUUAGAAAGCAUUCUUACCCCAAAAUUGGGACGUACAGAUUCUAAGGAAAGUAAUAUGUAUGAGGACUUUGCAAGGUCAAGUAAUGAUAAAUCUGAAGAGAAGCUUAAAAAUAUUGAAACAUUAGAUGCUCCUGUUAUAAAGAAGGAAUCUGAAACUAUUCGAAAUGAGUUACCGGAUAUGGACAUUAAGAAAGGCCUGACCAUACCAACUUUGAGCCUAUUAGACCAAGAUUAUUCAGCUGCUGUUCCUCCUAAACGUGAUAAAUCAACACAUUCACAUACAGAUAUUCCAUUGACCACUAUUCCUAGAGUGGAAAUCACAGAAGAGGACAAUAUACCAUCUAUAUAUCCAAGCCCACCAGAAGUUGGGCCGGAGACAACAUUAUUAUUUCCACAAGAAGUAAAAUUGGCAGAUAGAUAUCCAGGCAUUUUAAAAACAGAAUCAUCUUCAUCAGAGGUACAUUUUCCUUCUCACAAAAUGACUGAACAUAUAAAUUUCCCUCAAACUGCAGAUAAAUCAAAACCCAAGAAGCAUCAUGGACAUAAAAAUACCAAUAAAAAAGAAAAAGCAGUGGCUUAUUCACCAAAAGAACACAAUUUACCAAUUAUCAGACCAGAAAAUAUAGAAUUGAAGCCAAACUUUCAGUUUCAGAAAAUCUGCAAGGACGGUUUUGAUCCUUUUCUAAGGAAGAUAAACAAAAAAAUGUCAGUCAGAAAAAGGAAAGACCAAGAUACAUACAAAUGUGGAAACAUUUUAAGUGCAGAGGUUAUAGAGCAUGAAGACCAAGAUCCUCCUUAUCCAGCACAUUCAGAAACUGCAGUACCUACUAGCUUCACAAUAAAGACUUCAGACAGUGAAAAUCAGUUAGCCAAUGAUCCUCCUAUCAUCGCAAUAAACCCUGAAUGUUUUAGGGAUACAUUAAAAGUAAACCAACCAAAUGGAUCUUUAUCAAACCCAUCAGCGACUGGAAGUGCAAGUAGAUGGUCCUUUGCAAAGUCAGUAACUGUUAACUCCCAUAUAGAAAAUUUAAAACAAUCAAUGCUACUCAAGACAAUUUUAGGUAAAAAUCUGCAAGACCUUUCAGACAAAUUAUUUUGUAAACCAGAAGUUGAUAUGAACACUGAAGCAAAAAAGAAAAAUAGUUCUCCACUUUUAAGCAUUCAUGAUAAACCAUCAAGUAGUAUGGAAGACAAAGCAUUGGAAAAAAAUCAAGAUUUAAACAGCUGCUUUUCAGAAAAAGAUAUUUCAAAUUCAAAGCCUGUUGUAUGUAAAAUGAUUAAAAAUCUUUCUGCAGAUUCACUUUCAGAAGGUGGACCAGGAAAAUCUCUAGAAGUAAAAGAAUGCAUCUCUAAAAAACACUUAGAGGCUAGUAAGAUAGAUUUUCCAAUGAAAAAAAAGAGUAGUUUCAAAAAGAAACAUUUAAUAAGUGAAGUAUGUAGAUCCAAAUCAGAUUUAAGUGGCAAUGUAUAUGACUAUGCUAUAAAACAAAUAUUCACUGCACCAAACUUCUCAAAAUUGGAGAUAGGAAUGAAAGAGCCAGGAGAAAUACAGAUGAACUUGCAGGAUCAAUUAUUCAAACCUUGGGAGAGAAGUUUAUCUUCACAUAUUCUAGUUUCCUGUGAAAACAAUGAUGAUGAAAUAGAAUUGCCAAAGGCGAAAUCUGUUGUAAGCCAGAUAAUACAAGCAUUUCCUCUAGACACUCUUUUACAAUCUGGGAUAAUCAAAGUGGUAGAGUUAGAUAAAGAACACCAAAGGAAUUCUAUGCUGAAUUCAAAAUUAGCCUGUCAUGAAGAAAAGCUAAAGGAUUCUACACAGGAUUAUUCAGAAAUCAAAAGCAAAAUAGAACUUCUUUCAGAGCAGAAUAUACCCGUCAUUUCCAAAGGUAACAUUUCUUCCGUUAGUAGAGUUAAACUUCUAGAGGAAAGCCAAAAUAUGCUCCCACAUGAUUCAAGAUACCAUUCAACAUCAUAUCAAGAAACAGAUUUGCCAAGUCAUGGUCAGUGGCUUGAUAGAGAAGAAAAUGAUCUAUGUUCUACUUUAGAAAAUUUAGCUGAAUCAUUAAUGGGUAAACUUAGUGAGUCAGAUGAAAUAAUGUUAAAAUCCUUUUUAAAAAAUAUCUUUAAUGCUUUUUUUCAAUAUAAUCAGUCUGAAAGAAGAAAACAACCAGAAAAAGAAUUAGAAUGUCUAAUUCAACAUUCUUUUGCAAAUGAUACAGAAGAUCUUGAAGAAAUCCAAGGGAGUUUUGAUAAAACAGACAAAUUAGACAGAAAACCUAUUUUGAGUCCAAAGCUGCGUGUGUUUCUAGAAGAACUCUCAGAGACAGAAGUAAAAAAUUUAAAGUCUGAGUUAAGUAAACAAAUUCAGCAUUACCUUGUAGAAAGACUUUCAGAAUCAGGACAUAUCACUAGGGAGGACUUACCAAAAAUCUAUCAAAAUUUGUAUUUGAUGAAUGAAAAAGCAGAACUGAAAGGACAAAACGUUUUUCAGGAGAAAUAUUCAGAAACUGUAGAAGAAAUCAUGUCUUUUUUAAAUGAUUUUAAUCAUCAUUUCAUAGAUAAACAUUUAGAAAUAAAGCUAAGAUCUUUUUUAAGUGAAAUUCUCCAAAAUUAUUUUCUAAAAAACCUUUCAGAAAGCAGUUUGUUUAGUGAGACAGAAUCUGAGAGUAUACACUCAAACCUAUCUUCUCUAAGAACUAAAAGUGCCUCAGUAUCUUUUCAUGAGUUAGGACAAGAUAUUUCAAAGGGGAGCUUUGGUAGAAGGCUUGAAAUAAAUAUGAAAUAUCCCUUAACUAAAUCUCUACAAAACUAUCUGAUAGCUUUAUCAGAAAAUGAAUUAUUAAAUCUAAAAGACAAUUUAAGUAAACGCCUCCAGAGCCUUUUGAUAGAAAAACUUUCAGAAUCAGGAUUAAUGACAGAAAGGCAAUUAGAGGGGAUCAAUCAGCAUAUAAAUUGUGUUAAUUCUAGUUCCACACAAUUAAAAUAUAUAAAGACAGAUUUACCUUUUAGAGAUGAAAAUCAUUUUAUAGAUGAGCAUUCAGGAAAGCAAAAUAAAUAUCCAAAAAUUGCUCAAGAAACCACUUUACUAAAGGUUCCUGAUAAUAAACUUAGAGAAACAGAAUUGAUCAGAGAGGAAGAAAAAGAAUGUUUUUCCUCGUACAAUUUAAAAGAAAUUUCAUCAGUAAUUAAGGAACGGAAAAGUUAUUACCCUAAAGAAGAAACUAAAACAGUAAGUUUCACAGAAUUACAACCUCUUUCCAACAAAAAUAUCCAGGCAAUUCUAUUAAAUAAAUCAUCAGAAAGACUUACAGAUAUAUCGCUUAAGAAACAAAGGAAAGAACAUGGUAUUGUGCAUCUCCCUCAAGCAGAAAAUUCUAUUAGUAAAACAGAGAUUCAAGACCCAUAUAAUUGGGGUAGUAAAUCAAAAACAACUCAAUCAAAAGUUGGCUUUGAAAGGACACUGAAAAUGACACCACUUGAAAAAAAGGAUCAUAUUAACAUCUGUAAGUUGACUGGUCAGGAAAAACCUGAAGCAGUAUUGUCAUCAUAUCCAGGAAUUCCUAAUUACAAAAUGCCAAGGGAAGAUGAAGAAUACUUAAACAGAAUCACUUUCCCUUCUUGGCAGACUAACACUUUAACUCAUUUCAAUUCAGAGACUAGGGAGCAAUCAAAACUAGAAGACCAGUAUUGUCAGAGAUGGAAAGGAAAUAACAACAACAAUAAAAAACAUUUAGUAACAUUUGCACAAUACAAAAAAGAAAUACAAACUCAUGAUAUAAAAGCAAAUGAAAUUUACAAUGAAAAAUAUGCCAAGUUCCCUGAAUCACAAUUGUUCAAAUAUAAAGUUGUAGCAGAUGAGAAAAACUCAAAAACAUCCCUCCUCCCAGAAGUAUUGAAGAGAGAAAAUCUGAAACCCAAGGUCAGAAAAGAAAGAGACUAUGCUGCCAGACCAAAGAGAUCAUUUAACAAGAUAGCUAAGAUACUACCAACUACACCGCCUGAGACGAGAAUUCAACUAAGGAAAUCUGUUCCAAAGACAUUGCUUCACUGGACUGCAAGAAAAACUAUACAUGAUUGUUCAGAUAAAUUCGAGGAUUUAAAUGGGACUUCAUUUAAUCAUCUUAAAAAAGUAAAAUCAAGAACAAGGCUUUUAAGAAAGAGCCCAGAUGAUAGCCAUAAUCAUACAAGACGCUGUGCAAGACCAUAUACUGCACCGGAGGUUAACAAACGACAAGAAAACUGCACUGGAAAAUUUUCAAGUCCUCGAAUGGUUUCGGCAGGCUUAGUUCAUAUAAAUUAUACAACUCCAGAUUAUGAAAUGCGUAAAAUGCAGCCAAAAAAAAGAUUAAAACAGGAUAUUGAAAAAUGUUGGCUCAUUUGUGAUAUUAUCCAAAUGUUAAACAGGUCAGACUGAUAUGUGAGGCCAACCAUCAGAAUAUCAUUUCACCAUCAACAAAAUGGUUUGGAGAUCUCUCUUUUUGUGUGAUAGAAAUCAGCAACCAAACUUCAUCUUGUUAGAACCAUUUUGUUUUGAUUAAAAUGAAAAAUAAACACACUUGAUGUAAA